GGUCGGUCGGUGCUCUCCGUGUUUAGUCCGCCUUUACCCGGGUUGAACCGCAGCUGCAGGCCCGAGCCGACCCAAGCGAACCCGCCCCGACAGCAGCAUGAACGAGACGGAGGGGCUCCGGUUCCGGCGCGUGCACCGGCCGCAGGUCAUCACCGACGAGCUGCCGGAGAACCGGAACAAGGGGACCGGCAGCACCUACAGUGGGAAGGUGUUCCAGGUGACGCUGCUCGCGCUGGCCGGCUUCCUGCUGCUGCCGCUGCUGGUCGUCAUCCUGAUCCUGGAGUCCCCCAUCCACCCUGAGGUCUUCAGCCUGAAGGACCCCCCUCUGAUGACGGGCUGCUGGGAGCCCAACCUGAAGCUGCGAGCGGCCCAGAGGCUGUUUGAGGACCAGAUCACGGGACCGGAGUCCAUGGCCCACAUCGGAGAUGUGCUGUACUCUGGGACAGCUGACGGGAAGAUCGUGAAGCUGAUUGGUCGAAGGGUUACCACGGUGACGAGGCUCGGGAAACUACCGUGUGGCUCCAGGGAGGAGGAGUCCAGCUGUGGGAGGCCUCUGGGGAUCCGGGCCGGACCCAACGGGACCCUCUUUGUGGCCGACGCCUACCUGGGUCUGUUCCAGGUGAACCCCACCACAGGUGAGGCGACCCGCUUGGUGUCGGGGGGGCAGGUGGUCGCCGGCAGGAAGUUGUCGUUCAUCAACGACGUGGCGGUGACUCGGGACGGGAAGAAGCUGUACUUCACCGACUCCAGCAGCAGGUGGCAGCGCAGAGACUACCUGCACCUCAUCAUGGAGGCCACGGCCGAUGGGCGGGUGCUGGAGUACGACACCGACAGCAGACAGCUGACGGUGGUGAUGGAGAACCUCCGCUUCCCCAACGGCAUCCAGCUGCUGCCCGACGAGGAGUCGGUGCUGGUGGCCGAGACCACCAUGGCCCGGAUCCGCAGAGUCCACGUGGCCGGGCUCAACAAAGGCGGCAUGGACACCUUCGUGGACAACCUGCCCGGCUUCCCCGACAACAUCCGGCCGAGCUCCAGCGGAGGCUACUGGGUCGCCAUGGCAGCCGUGAGGCCCAACCCCGGAUUCUCCAUGCUGGACUUCCUGUCCCAGAGACCCUGGAUCAAGAAGUUCAUCUUCAAGCUCUUCAGCCAGGAGGUGCUGAUGAAGCUCCUCCCCCGCUACAGCCUGGUGGUGGAGCUCGACGAUGGCGGCGUCUGCAGGCGGAGCUUCCACGACCCGGGCGGCGCGGUGACGGCGCACGUCAGCGAGGUGCACGAGCACCAGGGCAGCCUGUACCUGGGCUCCUUCAGCGCACCUUACGUCGCCAAGCUGGACCUGAGCCGGACCUGAGCCGGGCCCGAGCCGGGCCUGAGCGGGGCCUGAGCCACCUAUCAGAGACCCGGGACUCAGGGCCCGUCCAAAGGGAACCAAACACAUAUUUGGGUGAUUUCCGCAUAAUGAAUUAAAACAUGGGUGGCCUCCAGAACCAACAGCAGAACCUCGUGUUCACGUCCUCAAUCACUUUAAACCUUCAGCUUUUAAAUCCGGUCCUAAACGUUUAGAUCAGAAUCUCUCCAGUUCCUGUCCGUGUUUUAUUUGCUCAGUCGUUUCUACUGGCCGGCGAGACCCGGCCUCGUAUCCCGGCAACCGGGAGGAAACUAAAGCUUCAGCUGAAGCUAAUGAAGCUACGCGGCUCCUUCCCGCAGCUAGCGCUAGCUGCUGCUGCUAGCUGGUGUAGCCGUAUACAUGUCAUGCACACGAUGCAAUGGUUCCCAUGGUGACGGUUAACUUUAAUGAUUCGAUUUAACACACGCACGGAACUAGCAGGUCAUCACUAGCUAACUGUCUGGGAUAGCAUUGUUAGCAUAGCCCCUGCUAGCUGCCACUCUUCAAUAUAUCCGUUAGCAUGUUAGCGUGGACGCUCGUGAUGUGGAGCAUGUCAUCACGAGCGUCUGGACUUCCGGUUCCGCUCCGACUGAGUUUAGUCCUGAUGAUUAUUUUAUUAUGAGAAGGAGCCGAGGCUCGGAUCCAGAUGGUUUUAUGGUUUUCUGAGAGGAGCCGGGUGUCUGCAGCUUUCUGCAGCCCUUUGAUGAAGAAACAUCUAUUUAAAUGUUAAAUACUUUGAAAAAUUAAAACAGCAAGAAUCUGUAAAUGAA